AUGACGCCAAUUGCAACCUACCUCAACACUGAGGAAGUCCCAGAUAAUAGAAAUGAAGCUCGAAAGAUGAGAAGGAAGGCUGCAUGGUACAUCAUAGUAGAGGGAAUCAUGUACAAACGAGGAUUCUCCAUGCCAUUGCUCAGAUGUGUAACCCAAGAAGAAGCUGCACGACUUUUGUCUGAAGUACAUGAUGGAUUUUGUGGAAACCACGCUGCUGGGCAGAGUUUAUCUGAGAAAAUUCUAAGGCAAGACAAUGGCAAACAAUUUGACAGCCAGUCCUUUACUGAUUUCUUUGCAAACCAUGUCAUUAUCAAAAGUUUCUGCGCAAUGGCACAUCCCCAAGCAAAUGGUCAAGUUGAAGCAGUCAACAAGACAUUGAAAGAUAAACAAAAGAAAAGACUUGAGGAUGCUAAAUGA